AUGACAAAUAACAAUUUAUUUCUCCCCUUUACAAAAGGAAAUACCCCAAGUGCAACUGUAACAAACAGCACAUCACUAACAGAAUUCUUCCUAGUGUCAUUUUUUGCUACCACAAACAACCAAGCUGUAGUAUGUACAGGAGUUUUUAUCAUGUAUCUGCUGGCUGUGCUUGGUAACCUAAUGAUUACUGCAGCUGUGUGCCUGGUGUCUCAACUUCACACACCAAUGUAUUUCUUCCUGUGCAAUCUGUCAGUUGAAGACAUCGUAUACGUCUCUACGGUUUUGCCAAAACUUUUUGUCACCACUGUCACCGGAGAUACCAGCAUUUCUAUCUCAAGCUGUAUUGUACAGCUGUAUUUCUUUGCAUUAUGUGUUACUGUAGAAUUUGUAUUAUUGUCUUUCAUGGCUUAUGACCGCUAUGUGGCUAUUUGUGUUCCUCUGCAUUAUAUACUCAUUAUGAACAAAAUGAUGUGUAUUCUUUUAGCCAGUUCCUCCUGGUUUUUUGGAAGCAUUGUAUCAUUAUUUUUAACUUUGAUGGUGACUAACUUGAGAUUCUGUGAUGUACAUGACAUUAACCAUUUCUUCUGUGAUCCUCAAACUAUGAUAAAGAUCUCUUGCAGUGACACCACAAACAUUAUAAUGUUUACCAGUAUUGCUGGUGUAUUAUGCGGAUGUUGUCCUUUUGUACUCAUCAUAAUCUCCUAUAUCUACAUCAUAUCGACCAUCCUGAAGAUUCAGACCUCAGGAGGAAGAAGUAAGAUGUUCUCCAGCUGUUCCUCACAUCUCAUGGUUGUUAUUUUAUUUUGUGGGACCUCAAUAAGUAUGAACAUGAAACCAAAGUCUGAAAAGUCACAGAAACUAGAUAUAAUCCUCUCAUUAAUUUAUAUUGCUGUGGUUCCAGUGUUAAAUCCACUAGUCUACAGCUUAAAAAAUAGAGAGGUCAUGAAAGCCAUUAAAAAGACCUUCAAAACAUUGUUUAACUAUAAGAAUAAAACUGGGAUAAAGAAUGAAUAGAAUACAGAGAGAGUUGCACUAAACCUCCCUAUGACUGCCACCCCCUCACAUUGCAAAGUAUCCCUUUACACUAUUAACCCCUAAACCUUCACAUGCCCCAACUCAAAGUAUGCUUUUACACUAUUAACCCCUAAACCACCACACACCAUACCGCAAAGUAUGGUUCUACACUAUUAACACCUAAACCACUUCACACCCCACAUCGCAAAGUCUGCACUACACUACUAACGCUUAAACCACCAGCCCCCCAAAGCAAAGUAACCCUCUAACAUCUAAACCCCCUAACCUAACAACCCCUAAGUUACCCCAAAAUAAUCUAACCCCACAUUUAUAAAAAAAACAACUUUAAAAAAA